AUGUUCAUUUUGUGUCAGUGUGCCCAUAAGCAAGGGGCCUUGAGUUCCAGCAAGUCUUUCAAAGCAGCUGUUUGUUGGCCCCCAGGUGAGAACAGCUGCCUGCCGCCAGAUGUCCCCAACGCCAAGUACACGCAGAGUGCUCCAGGCUGGUACCAGGAAGACCAGCUGAUCCGGGUCAAGUGUGACCAGGGCUACGAACACACCACCUGGGAGGCCACAGCCACAUGUGUAAAGGGAACCUGGUCCACCCUGCCCGUUUGCCAGCGAAGUAAGAGCUCUUGUGAUGAGCCGCCUAAGAUGGCCCACGCCGUCAUCGUCCUUCACAAGUACCAGCAGGUGUUUGCGGCCGACUCCGAGGUGCACUUUGAAUGUGAGGAGGGCUACAGUGUCCAAGGGGACAACACCCGCAAGUCCAUCUUUUGUUUUGCCGGGAGCUGGACUCAAGCGCCCAACUGCAUAAAAACACAAAUAGUUGGGCAUGAUAGCGACAUGUCGGGCAGCGUGACGAAACCUGCUGCUGAUACAAUUCCAGAGCGAGGAAGUGGGCGUGGCUCUCCUGCUGGGCGUUCCACUGUCACUGACGCAGGAUCUGCAACAACUUCUGGCAGCAGCAGCAGCAGCAGCAGCACACCUCUGAAGGUCCCAGUGGACAACUGCGGAGCGUACCCGCGCCUUUCCAACGGUGACGUGGUGAGAAAGCGGGACAUGUCCCUCAAGUACGCCUGCAACUCUUUCUACAAGCGGGUGGGUCCUGAGAUUGUGGUGUGCUACGACGACGGCACUUGGUCAAAAGUACCCACUUGCAAAGAAGCCUUUUGUGAAGUGGACCUGGACCAGUACGCAAACUACAACAUUCAAGAAUCUGGGACAAUAAUCCUCAAAGACCGAGAGAGCAGGGAGGUUCCGUGUGUGUGGAGAUACUACACCAGCCGGAUUCUGUGCACACAGGGGAGCGUUAGUGUCACCAAGUGUUGCCAUUACCAGGACCACUACUACCAAAGGUGCAGCUAGUCGACGAGGGUCCCUGCGAACAUUGUCCCCAAAAGAAGACGACUUCUUCUCACACACAUGGAGAGCGAUGGUUCGAGGCAUGUCAAGUGACAUCAUUAAAUUUCAGAAGAAAAUGAA